GUAUUUAACUGUGGGUGUCUUGACACACUGAGGUCAGAAACGCACUGCAUCGUCCUCACCAUCAUCCACCGCUCGGCUGUCCUCCUCCUCCUGCCGCGGAGCAGCCUUCUGAACUGGAUUAAAGACGAACCGAACCCCCGGUGAAGAAGGAAAAAGAGGGGGAAAUGUCCUUUUUCCGCUGAGAGUAGAAGCUGAGGAGUCAUGGAUCCUGUUUUCUUCUUCUUCCUUCUCUUCGCUUCUCAGAGCCGCUUCUCUGCUUCUGCUGACAGGAGACUCGGUUGCCUGUUUGAGAAUGAGCUGUGUGCACCCUAUGAGAUUUGUGUCAAUGAUGGCAUGUUUGGGCGGUGUCACUCUGUACCUGUGAAAGAGGUGUACACGUAUGACGUCUCUCCGUCUGUUGUGCAGCAUUUUAGGAUGCUGCUGGAGAAGCUCUCUAACAGAGGCUUAACCUGGGAAGAUGACACCACACAACAGGUUCUGUCCAAAGAAUUGUCCAAACUCAGGAGGAUUCCCUACAGGCCACUCCAGAAAGGCUCCGCCUACAGCACCGACAGCAGGCCUGCAGCUGAAGCUCUGGAUCCACAGGACCACAAGGUGAAGCCGGUGGAAGUGGAGCUGAACAAGAACCUUCAGCUGUACCUCGAACGACUCGGCCUCCUCCCCAAAACCGUUGCUGCCUCCGGCCUGGACGUCGCUGGAAAGAGCCACCAUUUCCAGUCCGAUUUUCUUCCAGACUUCCAUCGUUCCAAGACCCUGACUGGUUCUCAGAAGUCACCUCCUUCUGGCUUCUCUUCCCUUUCUUCUCUCCGACCUUUGCUGAAGCAGCGACCUGCACCCCCCAGGCUGCACGGACCUCAGGCUGAUGGCGACCUCCUCCUGGACGCCCUGAGGCAGUAUGUCUCACGGCAGGAGUCCCUGCACAGAGAGCAGGAGGGCCCCAAGCAGCAGAAGACCCCCACGUCUCGCCUCAGGCCCUUCUACAGUAACUCUAUCGAAGCGUCUGGCCUUCAAAAAGAACCUCCAAAAUCCAGGAUUCUGAAAAUGGGACGGAAUCAGGGAGCGCCAGUCAAAGAUCCGCUGACGUCCGUGGAUGAGAGGUUCAUCCAGAAGGUUCUGAAGAAUGUUGACAGGGAGAACGUGGACGUGGAUGACCUGACUCCGCAUGACCUGGACCAGCUGUCCAGUCUGAUAGCCGACGCUCUGCAGGUAGUUGAACAAGACCAGGUGUCAAAUGGGGGGCAGAUGCGAGUUAGAACUGGACCAAGAGACCUGGAGGAAGAGCUGAGGGAAGCUGAAGAGAACAGCCCAGUGGUGAAGAUUCAGGAGAAGACUGCGUCACCACCGGCAGCACUUCAAGGUCACGACAUGGAUACAAAAGGACACGGUAUGAAGGACAAGGCUGAGAGUGGAAGCCUCUUCUCUAAACUCCUCGCCUAUCUGGACAAUACGUCACUCACCAUGUCUCUGCCAAUGAAAAACCAGAAUGAUGUCAUCAUGGAGACACCUAGAAGCCAACAGGUGGGCCUGGAAAAUGUCCAAAGUCGGACCAGCCAAGCGGGCGUGACAGUGCAGAAAAAAGACACCACCCAGUCUGUGGAGGAGGUGUCAGAGGUGCAGGGCUGGAUCAAGGAAGUGGCGCCCCCUCCUGCUUCAGUUGUCCAUGAGGUGACGCACAAGAAGCCGAUGCAAGUUCCAGAGCUCCGCCUGGACGUGAAAGCCAACAAGAAGGCCACCAAUGAUGUCUUUGGUUACGUCAUCACAGACACAGAUGGGCUCCAGACAGACGAAGGUCUCCACCUGAUGGAGAUUCUGGCUCGCAGAGCCAAUAUCCAGAUGACUGACUUCGCUGAGCUUUCGGUUGUGGGCCCCGCGGUGACCUUCAAAGUGAGCCUGAACACACGGAACGUUAGCACAGCAGAUGUGGCCAACGUAGCAGUUCAGCAGAAAUCUUCUCUAGAGAAAGAAGCCAAACUCAGCAUCCUGGAGGCUGGCGUCACAGAUGAGAGCCAGAUCAACCAGAUUCCGACCAAGUACAGCCAAGCCGAGUCUACCAAGUUCCUCAUCCUCACCGUCGUGUCCAUCUUGUGCAUCGUUGGCGUGCUCUUGGCCUCCACCAUGGUCUACUGCCUCCGCCAUCGAUCUCACCACAAGCUGAAAGAGAAGCUCACCAACCUGGGAACAGAUACUAGCAGUGAUGCUACUGCCACCUAUCAGGAGCUCUGUCGGCAGCGCAUGGCGGUCAAACCCCCAGCCGAGCGUCCAGAGCCCAUCUCUUCCAGGAUCAACAGCGUGUCAUCACAGUUCAGCGAUGGCGGUCCGGCCAUCAGCCCAUCAGCUCGCAGCAGCCUCUCCUCAUGGUCCGAAGAGCCGGCCCACUCCAACAUGGACAUCUCAACCGGUCACAUGAUACUGUCGUACAUGGAGGAUCACCUGAAGAAUAAAGACCGUCUGGAGAAGGAGUGGGAGGCGCUGUGCGCGUACCAGGCUGAACCCAACGCCCGCAGCGUGGGCCUGAAGGACGGCAACGCCAAGAAGAACCGCUCCACCGCUGUGGUGGCCUAUGAUCACUCCAGAAUCACCUUGAAAGCAGAGAGCAGCCAAGGCAACUCUGAUUACAUCAACGCCAGCCCGAUCAUGGAUCAUGACCCUAGAAACCCUGCCUACAUUGCUACUCAAGGCCCGCUGCCCUCCACGGUGGCCGAUUUUUGGCAGAUGGUGUGGGAGAAUGGCUGUGUGGUCAUCGUUAUGCUAACCCCGCUCGUUGAGAGCGGGAUGAAGCAGUGCUACCAUUAUUGGCCUGAUGAGGGCUCAAACCUCUACCACAUCUAUGAGGUAAAUUUGGUGUCUGAACACAUCUGGUGCGAUGACUUUCUGGUUCGUAGUUUCUACCUGAAGAACAUGCAGACCAAUGAGACUCGGACAGUCACUCAGUUCCACUUCCUGACUUGGCUCAACCAGAAUGUCCCGGAGAUGAGCCGCACACUUCUUGAUUUCCGCAGAAAAGUUAACAAGUGCUACCGAGGACGCUCGUGUCCUAUCAUAGUCCACUGCAGUGACGGCGCAGGAAGAACUGGAACCUACAUCCUGAUUGAUAUGGUCCUCAACAAGAUGGCCAAAGGUGCGAAGGAAAUUGACAUAGCAGCUACUCUGGAGCACCUGCGGGACCAAAGGCCGGGGAUGGUUCAGACUAAGGAUCAGUUUGAGUUUGCGUUGACGACAGUAGCAGAGGAGGUGAACGCCAUUCUGAAAGCUCUUCCACAGUAGGAGGAGGCUCCUCCUUCUGAAGCUCCUCCUUCUGAAGAACCUCCUUCUGCUCCUUUCCUAUCCCAUUCUGGAGUCAGCUUCCAGUCCUUCUCCUGCUCCUUCACUCUCUGUUCUUCUUUCUCCAUGUUCAUGUUUUUCUUCUUGUUCUCCUGAUUCUGAUGUUCAUUCUUUCUCUUCUGCAUCACCUCCUCUUUUUGUCUCCACUAGUUCAGGUACUAGAAUAGGACGUUUGUCCAUCCAUCUUUUCUGUGUCGUCACUUUAACUGCUAAAGAUGAAACAGUCAUUUUUAUAUUUGGAAAAUAACCAACAAAAACUUGGCAGGAUGCACGCGGCGAUCAGCUGGCGGGCAGCUUGGAAAUGUUUCUUGGGUCAGUUCUGUUCAGUAUCUGUGGAGCCCAACAGUCCAUCCAUUUGUCCCCACAAGAACUGACAGC